AUGGAACAUGUGCUCUCGAACAUGCUCGCAGCUCCAGAGGAUAAUCCCAGGCUCGUUCUCCAACCUCCUCGGGAUUCUGCCGGUGCCUUUGUCAGUGGGUUGCUAUCGGACGAUCCUGUUGAGGAUUUCGUCUCUGAACGCGAGAGUCAGGAGGACCACCAACCAGGUGAGGCGGAUGGUUUGGAGCCUUCCUCUUUGGCUGCAGCUGCCCCGAGCUCUCCCAUUGACACUGUUGUGCACUUGAAAGACUUGUUCGAGCUGCAGAUGGCUUUCUCUUCCCGCAUGCAUACGCUGUCGGAGGAGCUGGCAUCCCUUACUUUUCAGGUGUCCCAGCUGUCUGAUGAAAACUGCCAGCCUCGAUGCGAAGUCUUGCAACUUCGCCGUGAUCUCAGCAAAACGCAGGAUGAUGUUGCCGAUAUCACCAGCGAUGAACAACUUCGGACCGAGCAGUUUAAUGUCGGCUAUAAUCUCAAUGUCCGAGUGCAGGCUGUUGACGAUCAUUUGCAGGACCACAUUGAGCGUACUGAUGCGAAUCUCAUGCACGUUGUGCGCUUGCAGCUGUGUCUUUCCUGCAGUUGCCCCGCCUUCUUUGGGAGCAUGGAAGCUUUGGAAGCUUCCCAGUGCGCUUUUCUACAUGAUCUGCAGGAAGUCCUGUAUCAGGGGCGUCGCAGUGCGAGGAUUCGAGCUGGAGGACCCGAUCCUGUCCGGUCUCGCUCCAGGUCCCCGCCUCGAGGCUCCAUUCCGCCUGAACCGACUUUGAGUAUGCGAGUGCGAGUGCGGGUGCUCGAGUGUGACCUGGCAUCGGCCUUGCAUCGCCUCGAAUGCUUCGGCUUCGGUGCAACUGCGCUCUUGCACACUUUGCACCAAGAGCCUGACCACUCUGAACUCACUGAUGGGGUUGCGCAGGUGCGCCAGGAACUUUCGUCUUUACAGGCUCAGGCUCAUGAACUUCGAGCUCGAGCGGAUGCCUCGGAAUCGCGGCUUUCUGCUUUGGAAGAUCAGAUGGCUUCCCUUCGCUCUGAUCGCGAUUAG